UAUACUUGUUUACAGGGUAAAACCAGGAUCUGACUGGACCAGCAGAUCUAAGCAGGGCUUCAUCCGAAGCAAAGAAUCCUUUCAUGAAGACCCAGAGAUGUUCUGAACGGAUCUUGGGGCUUUAGGACCAUGGAGAGGAAAUGAAAACACCCCAAACACACUCACUCCUCAGCAUUCAGUGCACAUUCCUCCCCUCUCCGUCCUGGCAGUAAACUCUGAGCAGCUGAUGCUCUCUCCUCUUCUUCAGCUCUUCUCCGCAGGAGAGUGCUCCAAGCCACACGGACACCUGCCCGCUGCCUAACCGCUCACAUCGCUUCUUUCCCGGCUCGUUGACUCGGAGCCUCUCGGCGGCACUCUGUUGGGUGCGUGUCCAACUCGGAGCUCUCUGAGGACGAUCAGAGGACAGAAGAGCCCCCCUCAGACGGACAGACGCUAUGUCUCACCUUGUGAGGAAAGUGGACCCCUAACAUCUGGCCUCUCUGGAAAAGCCUCUGAGGAGGUGCUGGAGGGAAAAGAGCGACAUGGAGGGAGGAGCAGAGGAGGAGGGACGAGAAGAAGAGCCUGAAACCGGCUUACUGAGAGAGGGAGCAGGAAGAGGACUCAUCAACACCCACAGGUUGGGAGUGGAGCCUCAGGACGUGUAUCAUGGACACGUGGUGAGUGCCCAGGAGCAUAGUAGGACUCCUCCUCAGUUCCUGAAACCUAGGGCACUCCUACCAAACCAGGCGGUACCAGAAGCCAGCCUCCAACCAGGCCCUGGACUCUUCCUGUGCCCCAACAGUAUUUUGCACACAUGGGGAGAAGCUGGGGGAGGAGACUGCUGUGAAACCACUUUCAUUGAGGGUCAAGCACCUUAUGCCUCCCCCUCCACAAAGGAGGUCCUACUGUUUGCUGAUGGUAAAUUUCUGGAGUUUUGUGGUGAAGACACAAAGAUUCCCACGCUGUCGUAUGACAUCGAUGAAGAGGAUGACUUCCAGGAGCUGGAGAGCGAAUACUCCAGUGAGUCUGAGAGUGAGGACACCUUCCUGCUGAUGCCCCCCAGAGAUCAUCUGGGACUGAGCGUCUUCUCCAUGCUCUGCUGCUUCUGGCCACUCGGAAUCGCUGCCUUCUACAUGUCACACGAGACCAACAAAGCAGUGUCUAAAGGAGACUUCCACCUGGCAAGCUCCAGCUCAAGACGGGCUCUCUUCCUAGCUGUGUUGUCAAUCACCAUUGGUACGGGUAUCUAUGUGGGCGUAGCCGUAGCCCUGAUUGCAUACUUGUCCAAGAACCACCAGUGGUAACCAUGACAACAAUGUGGGAGAUUACCCAUCAACUUCUUGCUGAGAUGAAGCAUUGAAUCCACCUGAGCAGGUGUACAUCAGACCUGCAUGUUCUGCGCCAGUCAGAUUGCAGGAACGCUGUGGAGGUUUCAUGUACCUGAAACAAAGAAGAAUCUCUAGAGUGAUCAUGUUUACAUCAUCUCAUGUUGGUCAUUAAAUAUCUUGCAGGUUCAGUGGGAGUUAAACCAACUUGGUCAUCUGAAUUCUGAAUGCUGUUGGAUCACGCUAAAUCCUAGAGCAGUUUGGUCCAAAAACGCCUUCAUUAAACUUUCUGAGGUUCUAGUCUGAAACAGGGUUGACCCUGAACCCUGAGCAGUGUUGUCUUCACUGUUCAUCAGAGAAACUCUGAAUCAGUGGUACAUCUGAUGCUCACAAUAGGUCAGAAACAAGACGUUCUUCUGAUGUUUGUAAAAAGGAGUAGAAGUCCACACACACACACACACACACACACACACACACACACACACACACACACACACACACACACACACACACACACACACACACACACACACACACACACACACACACACACACACACACACACCAUUUCUGGAUUUAGACCUCUUGAUCCAAAGUUUGUUUUGUUUAUUGUAACAAGCCAAACAUGCACAAAACCAGAAAACUGCUUUCAGUGUCUUUGUGGAAAAUAAAUUUCCGUUGUUUGUGGCUGUCAAAAAUAGUGAGUUUUUCCAGGGUUAGUUUGAUGUUUUUAUACAAAAACGAGUCAGCAGGAUGUGUUUUGUCAACACAUCCUCACACCCUAAGCGUCGAAAAAUGAGGCGGUAUGACCAAGCAUCAAAAUAAGACGCGCAAGGUGCCCCAUAGUGUCAGGAGAAGACGAGCAGGGACACGCUCUGCGCCACAACGUCCAUUUCCGACGCCCGCGGUGAGACGGACAUUUAACCUACAUUUCACCUCUAACCUCUAGCGAUUUAACCUUCCCCUCACCCCCAUCCUAACCUUAACCCAGCAUGUCUGCGUAAAUUUUCAAUUAAACGUGUUUGAGAGGAACGACGGAACGCAAAACAAAGCUUUGCAUGCGCAAGCUUGUUAAGGUUAGGGGAAGGUUAAAUAGCAAGAGGGUAAAGGUCACAAAUAGGUCAAAUGUCCAUCUCACAGCGGGCGUUGGAUACCGACACUCUGUCCCUGCGCGUCCUCUCCCGACGCACUGGGGCACCCUGAGCGUCAUAUUUUGUCGCUUGGUCACACCGCGUCAUUUUUUUGACACUUAGGGUGUGAGAACAUGUUGGUUUAGUGUUUCAGUCUUUUAUUUUUUUUAAAGUGAGAAUGCUCUUUACGCUUUGAUGGGUGGAGUGAGCCACAGAAGGAAAGGGUGGCAUCAUCCAUGUUCACUCCAAUGGGCAAUUGUUUUUACAGCAACAGUGGGUAAACAGUUUCCAGAAGUUAGCGUCUCAUGCUAACUUUUACAUAUUCUUACUGCAGAAUGGGCAACUCCUGAUUCUCUUUUGAAAAAUAUGAUGUUUAUGUAAUUAAAAAAUUACAAUUA